UCUGGACUGUUGCUUUAAUGAGAUUUCACAAGGUCACAACUUUUCUUGGCUGGAACUCAAAUUUGUUCUUAUCCUGCAGGAAAGCAUGAGAGGUUCUCCAGCAAAAGCUCGUGUUGUAUAUGCUCCUGUGGAAGUAAUUGGUGGUGAAGACCGACUUUUACGUGCCUGUCAGGUGAUCACUAAUGCGUUCACUGAAGCUGGUCUUGUUCUUGAAAAAGAUGCAAACCAGAAGUUAAAGUUGCAUGCCACUAUAAUGAAUGCGCGACACAGAAAAAGCAAAACAAGAUCAAGAAAAGCUGAUUCCUUUGAUGCACGAACAAUUUUUGGUCAAUAUGGCUCGGAAGAAUGGGGAGAGUAUCUUAUCCGUGAAGCUCAUCUUUCACAAAGGUUUGUGUUCGAUGACAAUGGCUAUUACCAUUGCUGUGCUUCCAUCCCAUUUCCUGAAGAGAUGCAGCUAGAUUGAGUUUUAGAAGCCGGGUUUAAUAGUUUGUUUUUUCCUGUUACUGGUAGUAUACUCUCCUAGUUAAUUGUGUUUGGAUCAUCCAUUAUACUCUAGGCUGUUUGGUUGAAGCUGAGAGUUAUUAUUCUGUGUGCGACCAAUGUACCCUGAAAGACACAGACGAGUUCUUUUUAACUCUCAAUAUCAUGUGUAGAAUUCCAGAAAUC